AAAGAAAAAAGUCAGGACAUAGACACAGUAAAAUAAAGGGUGGGAAGAAGGGACGAAAGGUCCGGAGAGAGAGGGAGAGGAUCACAAUAUGAGGAGAAAUCCAUUCCAAUCGUGUUUAUAGUGUAAUAACCAAAGAGAGACAACAACCUGUCGGCCAGCUGUGUAUUACAAGGCAAAAGGGAACACCUUUUUUUAAAUUUUAUAUCUAUGUUGUUUUUUUUUACGUUUUAGCUGUGUUGACAUUAACUGACUGAACUUCUGAGAAAAAGACCAACUCCCGUGGCAAAUUUUCAGUGUCACUGAUGAAACAGCAACAACAAAUACUUGCUGCCGAGUGGGUGACAAACGUUCUGGAAGCUCUAGACGCUUUUAAUUAACAGGACUAUUCCAAGUGCAACCGCUUUCAUUGGAACCUACUGAACGGCCUGCGUCCAGGAUGAGUGCAGACAACUCUACCCUGUUGGAUGUGGUUCUCUACCGCCAUCUACCAUGUGACGGCUGGACCAACAACACGGAGGGGGCCUUCUACCACCUGGGCAACACCUUCCUGUUCCUGGGCUACAUGGGGGGAAGCGGUGCUUACGGCUGCCUCUUCAUCUUCGCCUUCCUGGCCCCUGCCUUCGUCUGCCUGGCUGUGUGGGGGUGGAUGACCGUGUGUGGGCUGGACGUGUUCACCUGGAACCUGCUGCUGCUGGUGGCCUGUGUGCUUCAGAUCUGCCACCUUGUGUUCAGGCUGCGGCGGGACGGCCUUGCAAGCCCGGAGCUGUCGACCCUCUACUCAAACGUCUACCUGCCCCUGGAUGUGCCCGUUCAGGUGUUCAAGGAUAUAAUGGAGGCCUGCGAGAACAAGGUUCUGCCAUUAUGUGAGGGGGAGACGUAUGCAGUGGAGGGCAAGACGCCCAUCGACCAGCUGUCCUUUCUGUUGUCUGGCAGGAUUCGCGUGUCCCUGGAAGGACAGUUCCUCCAUUACAUCUUCCCUCACCAGUUCCUGGACUCUCCUGAGUGGGAGUCUCUCAGACCUAACGAGGAGGGGAAUUUUCAGGUGACCCUGACGGCUGAGACAGACUGCCAGUACAUCUCGUGGCGCAGACGGCGUCUUUAUAUGAUGCUGUCCAAGGAGCGCUACGUCGCUCGCCUUUUCUCCGUCAUGCUGGGCAAUGACAUCGCAGACAAGCUCUACGCGCUAAACGACAAGCUCUUCGCCAAGAGCGGCGUGCGCCUCGAUAUCCGCCUCCCCAGCCUCUACCAUGUCUUAGCCCCGUCCCCCCCAGGCAGUGAGGCUGAGGCUGGCAGUGGUAGUUUCCGGCUCCAGGCAGCAACAGUGGAGCAGCAGGGGGCAGCAGGGGCAGAUGUGGACCCACUGCCGGCCUGCCAGAGAUCAGACCCACCCACGCCCUUGACCCCCCGGCUGCAGGUCCAAGACAAGGCCCCCAUCCCGUCGCCAGCGACCCCGCGCCAACCCCGGGGCCUGCCUUUCCAGCGUCAGCCCUGGCCCUCAGACAUGGAAAUGCCCUUCGGAGAGGAGACCAUCAGGACCCUACCAAUGCGAUACCAGAGAGGGAGAGCUCCGCUGGCGCCCACGGAAACCCCCAAACUGUAAUGGUUUCACCCGGAGAGCAAACAGUUCCGGGUUGACCUUAUUACAGUAAUGAUGUGCAUAUUAGAAUAAUUAGAAAAUGUUUACCAUCUCAGGAACCACAAUAACAUGUGAAUGUCAUACUCCUGAGUGGACCAGUGCAGCUGCAGGAAAGAUCACCUGGGAUGUAACAGUGGUUUCCCCUGGGGGACAACGGACCUGCCAAACACCUUAACGUACCUCGUCUUCUUCUAUGUCCUAUGUGCAUGAUCAUACAGGAAAGACCCUCGACACGGAUCAGACUUGUGUUAUGAAGCCGAGUGUAUUACUUAGGAUCACAUAUAUGGCAGUGUAGCGUAUUUAUUGUGUGACUCACUCAGCCGUCACUCAUCUGGAGGGGCAGCCGUUUGACACAGAGGUUGUGUCAGGUAGGUUUAUUGUAUUAUGAUUCCACAUCAAACUAAUCUUGUGUCUUUCUUCUUGGGUUGGCUACCUAUUGAUAAGUUUGUGUUUGUGAAGACCUAUGAGAAGAUGGUGUCAAUGCGGACAUGCUAGAAAGGGCUUGCUCUUAAUAGGCCUAGAGUAAUUCCAGAUUGGCAGACAUACACUGAUGCAUUAUGUGCUUGUGAACGUGAGCUUUCUCACACACUGCACAUUUAUUUAAUCAGAAAACAUAGGAGUGUUUUGUUUUUGUUGUUUUCCAAACAAAUAUGGGACUGCAUAUACACAGGAUGUGAUCAAUUGUUUUUCAUGGGGCCAAUGAUUCUCCAUUAAAGCUCUUGGUGGAAAUACA